GUCACUUCCUGGAGACUGGCCGAAUCCGGAAGUGAUCCCCGAGGACCGAGUUGCGCGGAGGACCCCAGCGACAGGGCCAGGUUCGGGACCAUGAGCUGGAUUCCUUUCAAGAUUGGGCAGCCCAAGAAACAGAUUGUCCCCAAAACAGUGGAGAGAGACUUUGAAAGGGAGUAUGGAAAACUCCAGCAGCUGGAAGAACAGACCAGAAGGCUCCAAAAGGACAUGAAGAAGAGCACCGAUGCGGACCUGGCCAUGUCCAAAUCUGCCGUCAAGAUAUCCUUGGACUUGCUAUCCAACCCCCUCUGCGAGCAAGACCAGGACUUUCUAAACAUGGUGACAGCCCUGGACACGGCCAUGAAACGGAUGGACGCCUUCAAUCAGGAAAAGGUGAACCAGAUUCAAAAGACUGUGAUUGAACCCUUAAAAAAGUUUGGCAGUGUCUUCCCGAGCCUCAACAUGGCGGUGAAACGGCGGGAGCAGGCCUUGCAGGACUACAGGAGGCUGCAGGCCAAGGUGGAGAAGUAUGCGGAGAAGGAGAAGACAGGGCCAGUGCUGGCCAAGCUCCACCAGGCCCGAGAAGAGCUUCGGCCAGUGCGGGAAGACUUUGAGGCCAAGAAUAAGCAGCUCCUGGAUGAGAUGCCGCGGUUCCACAACAGCCGACUCGACUACUUCCAGCCCAGCUUUGAGUCCCUGAUCCGUGCACAGGUCGUCUACUACUCUGAAAUGCAUAAGAUCUUCGGAGACCUGACCCAACAGCUGGACCAGCCUGGCCACCCCGAUGAGCAGCGGGAGCGGGAGAAUGAAGCCAAACUGAGUGAGCUCAGAGCCCUCUCUAUUGUGGCUGAUGACUGAGUCCUGCCUCAUUGGAAGACGCCUGGGAUACAAGUCAGCCUCUCUAGUCUUUGCCCUUUUCAAGCGUAGGCUCAGGCAUCUGCCAGCAAAGGCCCUGCCUGGGAGAAGUGUGGGGCUAGCAGCCCUCGCCCUACCUCACCAGCCCUUUGGAAUAAGCCAGCACCGGGAGCCCCAGGCAGGCUGCUGUCUCCCCGCCCAUAAGCAGGAGACUGCAGACAGGUAAGCAGCCUAGUCCAACCCCAGGGGGUUGUAUUUCCAGAAGGACCGUCCAGAGUGCCUCCUGGCCCAGGGCCAGGGCUCUGUCAGCUCACCUGCUGUCUCAGCCUCACUUUCGUGGUUGGGAUGACAUCUACCUCCAAAAGACCCAUCCUGGGGAGUCCACCCACCCUGUUGCCGUCCCACUUCACUCCCUGGGAGAGGGCCGGAACACUGCCCUGGGAAGCGAGUGCCAUGGUCCCCAGCCCUGACAGGCCCCUGUCUAGCCUCCCAGCACAACAAAAGCUGGCUCAGCCCACUCAUAUAUAGGAUAACCCACUUCUAGCCUUAGGUCAGUGCAGGGGAAGACCCCAAGUCUUGUAGUUUCCCUAGGAAACUGGGACACAACCCAUGUAAAUAACUUACCACAAAAAAAAUGUUGGACCGAUUCACAGGCCUCAGAGCAAGAAUGGGUUUGUCUCACCUGAAUAUUUGGAAUUUUAUUUUUUCAAGUAAACUUUGCAAUAAAAUUUCCAUGUAUUAUUGUACUAUACCUAAGGCAAGGAGGGGAGAGCCACCCCAGGUUUUGUUUCCAGGUAAUGCUGCCCCCUGCUGAGCUGACAGGACCCCUACCGCGUCCUCUCCCAUCAGCCUUCAGGGAGCCUAGUGCAAGGGGCUGCUAUUCCUGCUGCCGCCGCCCUCUGGAGGUAACUGCACCCCUAUCCUGUGGAGGCUGCGCUGAGGGCCAGGAGGAAGGGUGGGAGCACAGGCAGACCUGAAGGAAGGGAAAAGCUAUGCAGGACACUUGGUUUGUUUUUGACUUUGGUUUAUUUAAAAAACAAAAAGCCAAAAAAAAAAAAAAAAAAAAACACAAUUUUAUAUACAAAGUCAAACUGAAACCACGGAUUAUGGAAAGAGGCGAGACUUACGGGGAACAGGGAAAAAGGCUGGGCCAUAGCCAAUACCACAUUCUGAACACGGGAAGCCAGGGGAAGAGGUGCUGGUUUCUUCUGGCAAGUCUGGGGUGGCUGGAACAGUGUUCACUGGCAAACAGCCCACAACGAGAGCUCGCUAGCACUGACUGCAUUCCUGCAAAGGCCACUGGAGACCCUUCCCCCAAGAACCUGCUCCUGGAACCUGGCAGGAUUUGUGCCAUCCAGAGGAAGGGGCUCUUACCCCAGCCACAUUCCGUGUCUGUUUCUUCAGUUUAUUGGCAUCAGACCUUAUCAUGACAUAGUCGAAAAGCCUUUUCCUCCCGUCUUACUCUAAACUGGAAGAGGACAGGAGAAAGCACAAGACUAAGGGCCCCAGGAGAAACCCCAAGGUAGAGGGCAAAAUGACAUUCGAGGGGUGCAGAUGUUGGAUUUAGUUGUUUAAGUGGAACCGGUUCCUCGCUCGUCCGUCCCACACAGCACAGGCAGAC